CGAAAGACCUGAUGGGAAAUGUAGUCUUUGGCGUUACCUGAAGGAAAGUGUUUUUUUUUCUUCUUUUUUUUUGACACUGGCUGAGGGCAUGGAGAUAAGGAUGAAGAGAUUCUGUUUGGCUCUGAGGGCGUUUUCACUCUUGCAGUGAAAGAUGCAGGGUUUUCUCCCGCGGGCGUGGCAGGUCUGGAGCAACUCCCCACCUCAGGCACUCCUCACUUAAUGACCUUCCUGUUUUACGACUGCUCUGACUUAUGGUGACCUUUUUUUGUACUGGACAACAAGAUGUCAGCUAAAAGGAAGAACAUGACUUCACCCAGAGGAAGCACCAAGAUUCGAAGGAAGGCUAUAGAUCUUGAGAUGAAAAUGAAGAUAAUAAAUGAAUAUGAAGCUGGUAAAAAAGUGAAAGAGAUAGCACGUGAUUUGGAGCUGGCACAUUCAACCGUUUCAACAAUCUUGAAAGAUAAAAACAGAGUUAAAGAGGCAGUAAAAGCAUCAGUAGGGUUUAAAGCCAUAAUAACUAGGCAGAGAAAAGGCCUCAUCCAUGAAAUGGAAAAAUUACUGGCCAUCUGGUUUGAUGACCAGAUACGAAAAAGAAUGCCAAUGAGCCUUAUAAUAAUUCAAGCCAAGGCACGCAGUAUCUUUGAAACAUUGAAGGGACGUGAAGGGGAAGAAUCAACGGAAACAUUUACGGCAAGCCAUGGAUGGUUUCAGCGGUUCCGUCGAAGAUUCAACCUGCAUAAUCGGAGUGUCAGCAGUGAGGCGGCAAGCUUGGACAUAGACGCCGCGGAAAAGUUUGUUGACCAAUUUGACAAAAUUAUUGAGGAAGGCAGAUACCACCCGGAACAGAUCUUCAAUGUGGAUAAAACUGAGCUUUUUUGGAAAAAAAUGCCUGGAAGAUCCUACAUAUACAAAGAAGAUGAAACAAUGCCCGGUUUCAAGGCUUUUAAUGACAGGGUCACCUUGUUGUUGGGAGGAAAUGUCGCUGGCUUCAAGUUGAAGCCUUUUCUCAUCUAUUGCUCCGAGAACCCACAUGCAUUGAUGCAGGUUAAUAAGGUUAAUAACACCCUGCCUGUUUACUAUCGUUCAAAUAAAAAGGCACGGAUGACGCAAGCUUUAUUUGAAGAUUGGUUCACCAAUUGCUUCAUACCCUCGGUCAAGCAUUAUUGUCUAGAAAAGGGCAUUCCCUUUAAAAUUAUCCUCCUGCUUGAUAAUGCUCCAGGCCACCCCCAGCAUCUUGAUGGUCUACACCCGAAUGUAAAGGUAGUGUAUCUGCCUAAAAACACAACUGCUAUCCUACAACCAAUGGACCAAGGGGUUAUAGCUAAGUUCAAAGCAUACUAUUUGUGCAAAACGUUUUCCAAAGCUGUAGCAGCAACAGAAAAUGAUGAAAUAACCCUUCAUGAUUUUUGGAAAUCAUACAACAUUUUACACUGCAUAAAGAACAUUGAAUCAGCUUGGGAAGAAGUGACAGAAAAGUGUAUGCAAGGAAUAUGGGAAAAAUGCUUAAAAUGUUUUGUGAAUAAUUCCGAAGUGUUUGACAAAGAUGAGCGUAUUGAUAUCGUACAUAAAACAAUUGUGGAUCUUGCUAAUGUUCUUAAUUUAGAUGUUGAAGUGGAAGAUAUUGAAGAAUUAGUGGAAUAUGUUGAGGGAGAGCUAACGAACGAAGAUUUAAUAGAGUUGGAAGCCCAACAGCGCUUGGAAGAAGCAGAAGAAGAGGAAAAAGUGGAAGUACAAAAGAAGUUCACUGUAAAAGGAUUAGCUGGUGUGUUUUCGAAAGUGAAUGCUGCUCUGUUAGAACUAGAGGGUAUGGAUCCGAAUGUUGAACGGUUCACAAGAGUGGAACAGCAAAUGAAUGAACUUUUACGAUGCUAUCGUGAAAUUUAUGAAGAACAAAAGAAACUUACAAAGCAGACCACAAUAUCAAGAUGUUUCUCGAAAGCUACACCCAGGAUCUCUGCCCCUAGAAGUAUUUCCAUCUCACCACUGUCGUCUCGCUUACCCGGGCCGUCCACAUCUCCUGAUGAUAACUCCGAUGAUGACUUCAAACCACUGCCACGCUUUGAAGGAAUCAAUGACUAAUUUUUUGGUCCUGUACAUCAUUUUUAUAAUUUUGGCUGAUUGUAUUUUUAUGCUCUGCAACAUGUAAGAGAUGCAAAUUAAAACAAAGUUACCAAGUUGGUGUUUCCUUUAUUCCUACCGGAUUUAUAUUACUGUAUUAUGUUGUGGUGUGUCGUCUGCUUUUUGUAUGGAUAGAAUUACAGUACUGUGUUCUAGUGUGGUGUCGUGUGAUAUCUAUUGAAAAAGACGGUGCCAUGACAAACCACAAGAUAUCUGCCUUUAAGCUCCUCACUUAUCGACCAAUGCUCGUUAAGUGAGGAGUGAGUGCCUGUAUUCAGGGGCAAACCACUUGAAUGAU